GCCAACGUCUCCGCGGAAGCGCCGAGCUCGACUCCGACGGUGGGCGAGCAUCCCGGCGCCGCCAUGCAGAGCUCGAGCGCAGGGAUGGACCAGCAGCUGGCUCAGCUUGUGGAAGACUUGACCACCUCUGGGGAACCAGAGCUGGAUCCAAAGAAGGUGAAAGCACUCAAGAACAUCUGCAGGGGUUCUGAUGAGCACAUCAAUCAUGUUUACCACCUGCUGAUGUCCCAGUUAAACCAGGAUCACGCCGAGAUCCGCCUUUCAGCCUUUCAGAUCGUGGAUCAGCUCUUCACUCGCUCACACCUCUUCCGAACGCUGCUCAUUUCCAACUUCCAGGAAUUCUUGGAGCUGACGGUGGAGACGGACUACGAUCAGCCUCUCCCCCCACCCACUGACGUCGCCCAGAAGCUUAAAAAAGCCGCCAUUAAAUCUGUACAAGAAUGGCAUGAAAAGUACGGGGAAGCCUACAAGAAGCUUUCCUUGGGAUAUUUCUUCUUAAAACAGAACAAGAAGGUAGAUUUUCAAGAUGUGCAUGCCAGAACAUUAGCAGAAAGAAAAAGAGAUGAAGAAAGGCAAAAACGAUUGGAUAAUAUUUACAAGGAUAAAGCCCAAAAAGUGGAAAAGGAAAUGAAAGAUACGUCUCCAGAAAUCCAGUCUGUGCUGACCGAGCUGGAGAGUUGUUUUCAGCUGCUGGUUCCAGAUCCUUUGGACUUCACCAUGGAUGAGGUUGAAACCGCAGAUUGGAGGAGAGGCGACGUGGGCCAAACAGCCCCCUGUUCUUCGGAAGAACAAGACCAGCAAGGAGCUUUCAGGGAUCACGAUCAACAGCCGUGCUGUAGCAAGGACCUCCCUGCCGUUUCUCCAGGGCCAAAAACUGAUUGCCGAGACUCCGAUGGAGAGACGGAGAAGGCCUGUGGUCCAGAAGAUCCCUCAAAGCCUGAAUCAACUCCUCUUGGCGUUAUGGGAGAUGAGGAUCCCGCAAUGUUUCUUCGCAGCCACGGGCUUGGCUCUUACAAAUACACCCUCAGUCUUGAAGUGCCUUCAGAUGUGAAACUGAGCGAGAAUGAAGACAAUGCAGCCAUCAUAAAUAACCUUUCGGAUAGUUUUAAGCUCAUAACGAAUAAAUAUUUGCCAUUGGUGCAGUCUUGGAUUCAGUUAUUCACCAGGGCUGGGAUAAGCGAUGAUCGCCUGAGACAAGCCAUUGACCUUAAAAAUCGAUUGGAGACGGCUUUGGAGAAGACUAAAAAAAUGAACAUUGAUUUUAAAGGGAAGAAAAAGCAGAUGAAAAGUCAAGAUGAGGAUGAGGAUGAAGAUGAUUUUGUGGAGGUGCCUGAGAAAGAGGGCUUCGAACCACGCAUCCCCGAUCAUCUUCGGGAAGAAUACGGCCUGGGACCUGUGUUGCCCACAAGGAAAAAUGUGGCAGGGCCUGGGAAGAACAAAGCCGCUCCCACGUCUCUCUUCUCAUCCCCAUCCGUAAGAAACGAGGAGGAGCUGGACCCCACCUGCGCUGCGGCCACCUGGAAAAUUAUCCGAGAUAAACUGCCUAGACUGCCAACUGCAGAGGACAGAGGUUGCGACCCGACAACAUCCAAGGAGGCCAACAGUCAACGUGAAGAAGAGAAAGCCAAAGCUCCUCUGGUACCUUUUGGGCUCGAUCUCUUCUACUGGGGCCAGGAGCAGCCGACGUCGGGAAAAAUUCUCCGGUUUUCCUCUCAGCACCGCUUCUGGGCCCCCAGUGAGGUGGAAGAAGAAGUAGAAAACAAAGAGGUUUCAGAGAUGCUCAAAAGCCGCUACAUCACCUUCGCUGGCACCUUUGAACCCGUGAAGCACAAAUGCCGAGCCCCGAUGCCCAGCGGAGGCCUCUGCGAAAGGCAGGAUAGAUUUAAGUGCCCUUUCCAUGGCAAAAUCGUUCCUCGGGAUGAGUCGGGAAACCCGUUGGACCAAGAGGACCGAGAGAGAGAAGCGAAGAUGCAGUUCGAGAAGAAAGAACAGCAGCCAGAAUGGCGAGAUCCCGACUUCAUGAGAGAAGUGGAAGCCGCUACUGGUGUCGAUCUCGGCUCUUCUCAUUUCGACACAAAAGGAAAAGGCGGGAAAAAGAAAGGGAAGACAAAGAAGAAAUACCCCAACCUCACAGACAUAAAGCAGGAGGCGAACACGUCCCGUUCUCGACUUGGGAAAAGAGUUUUCAACAAAAGCGCGGUGAAGCGAGUCGUCAAAGCGAUGAAUCGAAUCGACCAAAGAAAACACGAAAAGUUUGCAAACCAAUUCAACUAUGCGCUGAAUUGAACGUCAUCAAGAGAAAGGCUAAGGAAAAUCCAUGGCGGUUUUGAUACAGUUCUUAUGCAGCGUUAGUUUUUUUUUCAAAUUCGGCCAUUUUUAAGAUGGGUGGACUUCAACUCCAGCUGGCUGGAGAAUUCUGGGAGUUGAAGUCCACCCAUUUUAAAAGUUGCAAAUUUGAAAAACACCAGCCGAUAUGUACAAAAACUGGAGGGGCUUCAAUUGAUCGACUGUCACCCCCUUUUUAAAACUUCUUCCACGGACACUCCUGUACAAUUCAGUAAUUGUACAUUGAUCGAAAUAAUCUCAUUCGUAUAAGUAUAUAUAUAUAUAUAUAAAAUCUAAUAUAUUUAAUAAUAAACAUUGACUUUCUUAAAAAAAUACGGAGUUCAUCCUGGCAUGUUAAAAAAACUUAGGAAUUGUAUAUAUGCCAGGAAUAUAUUGUAAGGUUCAUACUGGUGUGAAUAAAUUUUGUAACUUAAAUAUGCUGAAAAUCUGGUCGCCUGCAAAUUAAUUCUAUUGUGUAAGCUCAGGAGAUCUUAGAAAAGGUUACAAUCCUGACCCAAAAAAAAACCUGGUUUCUAGAUGCUCUGAAAGUGUUAAAUGUUUUCCAUUAAGUAUAUUGGAAAGUUAAGAUAGGUAUUAUUGUACUUAUGAGGACAAUAUGAUCUAUUCUGGUCCCUCUUGCAUACAUGAAUUCCUAUAUGGUCGUAUCUAUGCAGAUUUUUGAGCCGUGGUGGUGCAGUGGUUGGAAUGCAGUAUUGCAGGCAAACUCUGCCCACAGUCAGGAGUUCGAUCCUGACCGGCUCAAGCCUUCUGUCCUUCCCAGGCCGGUAAAAUGAGGACCCAGAUUGUUGGGAUAAUAGGCUGACUCUGUAAACUGCUUAGAGUAAAGCAUUGUGAAGCGGUAUAUAAGUCUAUGUGCUAUUGUUAAAUAUGUAUUUACGAAUUAUAUAUAGUUUCCCAUCUUUUAACUGGGUAACUGCUAAUAAAAAAUAUUAGAAGACAUAUAAAAUCAUUUUAAAAAGAUGAAACUCAACCGAUGAAAAGAUUAAAAACGAUAAAAACCUGGUGCCCAUCGA